CUUGUAUUGGAUUUUGACCCAAUAAGACAGUUAUUCUUACUUAAGAAGAAUAAUAAGAAUUCAUGGCUUACAAGGUUGAAGACAAUUCCUGGCAAAAUCUAUUCCUUUCCUUUCCUAACUUUGCCAUCAACAUCUAAUUCCUUUCUUCCUUCAAUACAGAGGUUACCGUUUAAUUCAACUCCAAAACUGCCAAAUGUCAACCAUCCAAUCAUCCAUCACCCAAUUCACCCACAUCAGCCGUCCGAUUAAACUUUAAACAUUCAACUAACUCAUUUUCAUCCCCACUAUAAAAUAAAAAUUAAAAAAAAAAACCUUGAAAAAUAAAUUUUCCCAAAAAAAAAAGAGAAAAUCUAAAAUCCAAAGAAAUGAAGGGAGAGAGAGAGGGAGGUGGUAAAUUUGAAAAAAAAACAGGGAUAGGCACAAAUAAACAUCUCUGACUCUCUCUCUUCCCUCACUUUCUCUCUCCUCUUUCUCAGUCACUAUCUCUGCCGACUUCGCAACGGUUAGCCGUCGCUCUUCGGCGGAGAAAUUUCCGACCGCCGCCUCCGCUGUCGUCUUCUCUCUCCUCCUCUUCUGUUUUUAUUGAUUUUUCAAUAAUCCGUGAAGAUAAUCUACUAUAAGAAUUCAAAAUGAUUGGGCAUUUUCUUACCAGAGGACUUGUGAUGAUUUUUGGCUAUGCCUAUCCGGCAUAUGAGUGUUAUAAAACGGUUGAGAAGAAUAAACCGGAGAUAGAGCAGCUCCGCUUUUGGUGUCAAUACUGGAUUUUAGUUGCUCUAAUGACGGUCUUUGAGAGGGUUAGUGAUACGUUCAUUUCGUGGCUUCCCAUGUACAGUGAGGCUAAAUUGGCAUUCAUAAUCUACCUGUGGUAUCCUAGGACAAAGGGAACAACAUACGUUUAUGAUUCCUUCUUUAAACCAUAUGUUUCAAAGCAUGAGACGGAAAUUGAUCGCAACUUGCUGGAAUUAAGAAUUAGGGCUGGUGAUAUGACUUACACGUACUGUCAGAAAGCUAUGAGCUAUGGUCAGACAAGAAUCUUUGAGAUUUUGCAGUAUGUUGCAGCACAAUCUACCCCAAAUCGUCGUCCUACCCAGCCACAACAACCAGCUCCAAGACCCCGCCCUCCUGCAGUCAAUGGCACUGCUCCUCCUCGGCAACCUUCGACAAAACCUCAAACUACAACACAGACGCAGGAUGAAGAGCCCAUGUCUCCUACUUCAAGUACAUCCUCCAGUCAAGAUAAUGAGAUGGAGGAGGAACUCAGCUCUGCCAAAGAGCCAUCAAGCUCUGCUUCCGCUCCUGCUCCUGCUCCUCCAGCUCCAGCUGCUGCUGCUCCUCCUUCACCAGCCUCAAGCUCUAUAAAGAAGUCGAUAUCAUUGCCUUCUGCACCUGAGAGCCGCUCAAGCCAACCAUCAAGUAACACAGUAGAUGUCAAGUUGACUGAAUCAGCUCCCACCAAGGUUGUAAAAUCACCAAUCAAGCCUUCGGGGGCAAAGUCUCUGCCAACCCCAGAAGAGACGGUAAUGGAAGAAGCUAUUCGAGUGACCCGAGGCAGAUUGAGGAAGACUAAAUCCACCACAGCAAACAAAUAGAUUGACUUGCCACACUUCUCAUCUCAUUAUAUUAAAUGUGAGUAUUUAGCAGUAGGUUGGAUGUGCUUGUGAAAUGAUUAUCUGAAAAAUAUAAAGAUGGAAUAACUGGGGAUCAUUUUUUGGUCUCCUUGUAUAUUCGUUCCUCAUCUAUUUUGAUUCAAUUGGUUGCUUUAUAUAGUUUAUAUAUCUUCUGAUCUCAUUAGCUAUGGUAA